AUGAGCACGCGAUCGCUCGGUCUCUAUGGAGCUGAGGGGGAUCAACGUGGGGGCACGGGGGCGGGAAAGGAUUCAUUCGAUGCGGGGAAGGAGCUUGAGCGGCUGCAGAGAAAGCUGAAGCUGUUGGAGGAAAUCAACCAAGAGAACGAGAAGGACAUGGAGAAGCUGAAGAAAGACAAGUCGAGGCUUGAGCGAGAGAAUGACUCCCUUCAACGUCUGCUCGAGCAGCGAAAGUUCGGAGACGAGAACGAUCAGGACCUCAAGAAGGCGCAGAAGGGAAACGACAAGAUCAAGCGAGAGCUGGACCUGAUGCACACUCAGCUCAAGCUGACCUGCCAAGAGAUAAUUCACCUGAAGAAACUCCUGGCUGAGAAAGACGACCGGUAUGAGAAACUUAAAGCUAGCUUGGAUGUCCACACUGCAAACUUUAACAACGGAUCGUUGGAAGACAACACCAACAUUCGCUCGCUCAGAACAAAGAUCAUCUCCUUAGAAGCUGAAUGCGAUACGUUUAAACUGAAGAACUCGAGCCUGGAAAACGAAUGCCACUCGUUGAAGGACAAGGUCGAGAAACUUUCAUCGCAGCUAAACCGUAGAGACGAGGAGUUCUCCACCAAGUCCGAAGAGCUCACGAAACUAGAGAAAGAGCACAUGGAGCUGAGACAAGUUACUGAUCAGCUUGCAGACGAGCUUCUUGAUCACAACAGGCUGAAACAGGACGUUGACUUCGAAGUCAAACUGCAGGCCUUUGAGAAGGAGCGCAAGAAGCUCGAGCAGUCCAAGAAGAGCCUCGAGGAGGAGACACUGACGAUGAAGCGCGUGCUUGUUGAAAGAGAAUCCGCCUCCUUGAACCUCGAGAAGAAACUCGCAGGGGUAGAGAAGGAGCUUGAAGCUGUGAAGAAGAAGUUUGAGCAGGAGCUGUCAGCCCUCCAGGAGGAGAAGCAGCAGCUUGGCAAGGAUCUUGCGGCGUCGAGAAGAAAGUGCGACGAGCUAACGAGCAUGUUGUUCUCGCUGAGAGAAGAGAAAGACAUCCUCACCGUCCAGCACGCCGACACGGCGGCAGAGCUCUCGCAGACUCAGAGGCUUGCACAUGAGACGGUGAAGGAUCUGAGCUUGCGGACGGCCGAGGCUCUAGAAGGUUUGCAGAAGAAGCUUUCUGCGCGCAUCGCGAAGCUGAAUCAACAACUGGAGAAGCGCAAGGACAAGAUUGAGAGUCAGAAGGAGGAGAUCAAGCAGCUGCGAGGCGUGUGGCGGUCCCUCCUCGUUAGCCACCCGGACCUCGACAUGGUGGGAGAGGCGUCGAUCGAAGAGCUCAAGAUGUCGCAGCAGGAGAAGCAGCAGCUCGAGAAGGAAAACUUGGAGCAGCGGGACGAGAUAGAGUCGCUUGUCGUCAUGGUCGCCAUGCAGCACCUCCGGCUUCUCAUCGCCAGGUGGCGACAACCAAUGUUCCGGGAGAGAUUCAAGCUUCAGCUGGAGGCGUCAGUGCGCGCUCAGAUCAUCGAGGACAACAGAGAGGAAGGAGUGGUGGUACUGGAUGGCAACGACAUGGCAGCCAGGAAAAUGAUCCUCUCGAUCCAGGAGGAGCAGACCAAGAAGGUACAGGAGAACCCGAGCAUCAAGGACGAGGUCUCGCCCGACUGA